GCUUCGAUGACUUGGAAGGCCCGAAAAUCUGCAGCUAAGAGCCCGCUAGUUUCAGGAAAAGGAGCGCAAGGGAGGGAGUCGUUUCCUUCACCGCCAUUUUGUGAUAACAAGGAGCCGAAAACAGAGCCAAUAUUUGCAUGCUGCCAGGCUGAACAUAAAGGAAAUAUUGUUGCCUCGCGUUGUAAUUUCACAGCCUUUAUUUAUAUUUGCUCGUGAAUGCUAAAUGUUAUUAGCACCGCAGAGUUAACCUCGGUUCGCUUAUUUCUGGUCCCUCGGCAUCGUUGCUGCCACACCAGCUAACAGUGGGCACGACAGCUCUUAUUGACCGGUAACGUUAACUUUUACUCGGUCCACCGUGUGGUUUACGUGAGCUGCAUGUAUUCCUCGUACACUAAAGCAUUCUUCGCAAGUUUGCAAACUUACCCUACAUGUCAUAUUGUAGUGCGACGCGUUAUUGCUUUAAAAAUGAUGUUGCAGCGGCUUCUACACGCGACACCAAGCUGUGCUUUAAUCACCAUUUCUCUCUCAUACUUGUAGAGUUCACAAUGACCAACGAGGAGCCUCUACCCAAGAAGGUUCGCCUCAGUGAGUCUGACAUGAAGACCCUGACCAGAGAGGAGUUGUGCACGAGGUGGAAACAGCAUGAAGCGUAUGUCCAGGUCCUGGAGGCCAAAUAUACAGAGCUAUGUUCCAAUGACGUGACGGUGCUGAAGGAGUCCGAGGAGAAGCUCAAGCAGCAGCAGCAGCAGGAGUCUGCGCGCAGGGAGAACAUCUUGGUCAUGAGGCUUGCCACCAAGGAGCAGGAAAUGCAAGAAUGCACCACCCAGAUCCAGUACCUCAAGCAAGUCCAGCAGCCGAGUGCAGCCCAGCUGCGGUCGUCCAUGGUGGACCCCGCCAUCAACUUGUUUUUCCUCAAAAUGAAGGCUGAACUAGAACAGACUAAAGACAAACUGGAGCAGGCCCAAAAUGAACUGAGUGCCUGGAAAUUUACACCUGAUAGCCAGACGGGGAAGAAACUGAUGGCCAAGUGUCGAAUGCUGAUUCAGGAAAACCAGGAGCUGGGUCGGCAGAUGUCCCAGGGACGCAUCGCCCAGCUGGAGGCCGAGUUGGCCCUGCAGAAGAAGUACAGCGAGGAGCUCAAGAGCAGCCAAGACGAGCUGAAUGACUUCAUCAUCCAGCUAGACGAGGAGGUGGAGGGGAUGCAGAGCACCAUCCUCGUCCUGCAGCAGCAGUUGAAAGACUCCCGUCAGCAGCUGACUCAGACCCAGGGGGCGUUGAGCGGAGCCGGGCCCAGCAGGACUUCACCCGCCGCCUCCUGCUCGUCCGCCGAACCGUCCGCCCAGCCCGAGCAGGCCAGCACGCCUUCCGAACCGAUGGGCAAAGACUACGGGAGGGUCUCCAACGGACCGAGCAAUGGCAACUCGUCCCAGAGAAGCGAGACCACCACGCCCAGCCUGUACCGGGAGGUCAGCAGCACCGAGGAAGACUUUCCCAUGUCCCCCGUGGUUUCCAGCCCCGGCGAGACCGAGACCAAACUGUCCAACCACUCGGAGGAGGCGUCAGGGAGUCAGACCGCCGCCGGGAGAGUUGGAGGACCUGUGGGUUUCGGGAGCCAGCUGAGCGCAGGGUACGAGAGCGUAGACUCUCCGACAGGCAGCGAGACGUCAUUGACUCAGCACUCGAACGACACAGACUCCACCGCCGACACCCACGAGGACAAGGCCGCCCUGUUGACCAAGGGCACCAGGACUGCAGGGUCACGGCACACUCAGAACGGCCUGGACUCCAGCACGAGCGACAGCGCGGUUUUGUAAUGUACUUUGACAUGUACCGUCUUUUCCUUUUUUUUUUUUUAUACAAUAUACAAAACAAGGCAACAAAUGCAUAGUCGGUAACAAAACGCGGCUGUCCCAAGACAUUUUGUUUUCCCCCUCCUCCCCUCGCCUAUCGUGAUGCCUCUGUCACAUUUGUGUUGCUAAACAGGGAUAUAACCGGUAUGGGUUAAUGUUAGAUUUGAAUUGAGUGGAUGUAUGAUUUAAAGCUAGUACGUUUCAUUCUGCUGUUUCUUUGAGCAUGUCUAUGCUGUUCUCAUUUGAGCUCUUGACACUGAAAUCAGGCAUCUGGUGUUUGUAACUCAUCGUCAAAAGUCAGUAAGUAUCACUGAAUUACAGUAGCUUCGCAAUGUUCACGGUCCUUUUUAGAUGUUGGCCUGUGUUGUUUUUUUCUUUUUUAAUGCAAUUUUAAUUUUUCAUUGACAAAAAAAUUCUGUUCAAAAGACUGUUGAAUUGUGAGUAGUUUAUUUGCGAUGUUCAUAUUAUUCUGACUUCAGUCCUUUUCAUGUACUGACCAAAUACCAAUAAAGAUUUUUAAUACU